UCGACUACUUUCUGGGUGAUGCUGGAUAGGUACGUUAAUAACUCAGUUUUACUGGAUAUGGAUGAUAUUGAUCUGUACGUGGAUGCUGAGGUGAAGAUCCUCACCAAACAGAAUGACGACGAGCUUAGGCUGUAUGAUGUUUAUAACAACGGAUUAUCGCUCGGAGGAAAGCUGAAGGUAUUGCACGAUCGUGAGGUUUUCGAACAUCAGAAUGGAAAAGUUAAUUUUGGGGAGAGUAAGUUAGGGGUCAAGCUGAAAUACCAGAAUCGAGAGAAUUUGUCGGAUAUUACGAUGAGAGUUGCAAUAGUAUCACAGUUGUUUCCACUUUCUAAUGAUGCAGUCAACCAUAUUCUAGAAUUUUUUGAAUCUUACAAACAACCAGAAGAGGAUGUUGCUGCUCGUAUGGGUUACAUGCUUGUUAAAGCAAUUGAAGGAAAUUUGAAUUUUAGAAUCGAAUGGGAACACUACAACCUAAAACCUGGAAAUGAAUCAUACAAAAGAAAUUCUGAUGCUGUACGUGAUCAACAAGCGCAUUUAUCUAUUUUUGAGGUGGCAAAUCUGAAUAUGGAUGAUCUAACCUGCUUGCAGAAUUUCAUGGCUUAUAGUUCAAUACUCAAUCUAAAUUUCAGAUCGAUGUUUAUUUUCCGUACACCAGUAAGUAACAGCCUCACGAAUAACAUCUUCACUCAACCAUUUGCCAUGGAAACAUGGUUUACCGUUGCACUAACCAUUCUGAUUGGAGCUGUAGCCGUGAAGAUCAACUUCAUGACUGAAGAACACCUGGAGCAGGACGUUAGAGAAUUCCACGAACAUUUCUCAUUGUAUACCAUGUGCAUGGAAUCGUUGGCAAACUUCUGCCAGGAAGGAUGUGAAUUUAUCAAUCGAAGCUCACCGGGUCGGUUGUCUCAGAUGAUGCUCUUCGCCUGUUCGAUUGUGGUGUUCAACUACUACAGUUCGGGCUUUUUCUCCAUUCUGAUGCAAGGUCCACAAAUGUCCAACAUAAGGACGUUGAAUCGACUGGCCGAUAGCCAACUGACCGUUGGCAUUGAUGGCACUGUCGAGGCAGAGGAAUUCUUCAGGGCCUCCAAACAUUCUGACGUUCACUAUCUUAUGGAGAAGAAAGAUUUGACCGAUAACUUCCAUGUGGAACCUGCCCAUGGAAUUCAGCAAGUACGCGCUGGAACUUAUGCAUAUCAUUGCGAUAGAAUGAUUGCCUACAACGUCAUUCGUAACUCGUACGACUUUAGCGAGAUGUGCGACCUCAACGAGAUCGAGGUGAUGCCUCCUCAGUGGGUGGGUCUUCUCAUUCGAAAAGAUUCUCCGUUCCGUGAGCUGUUUAACAUCAAACUAGCACGGCUUCGUGAAGUGGGGGCUUUCAACCGUUUUGUCGAAUUGUGGAUUACCAAGAAACCGGACUGUCUGGUGGCGAGUGUGGUUUCCAGCGUCAGCAUGGAGGGAGCUUUUCCAAUAUUUUUGCUACUGAUUGCCGGCACGGUCGCUGCAUUCUUUGCAUUCGCGCUGGAGAGUGGGCUAUUCCGUGCUAUCGGACGUCGCAUUGGGUCGAGUGAUUCUCUAGCUUGAAGAGGUUGGAAUUAAGUUAA